CUUCUGUUCUGUCUAUGUGACCUACACUGACUUUUUCAGGAUCAAGAAUCAUGCAUUACUUCCUGCUGGGAUCUUCAGUCAUGGCGCUGAUUUACCUCUCAGCUGAAGGAAAUACCCACGUGUUCCAGAAGCCACGAUUUGUUGGUGUGAAGACAGGUCAGACUGUAAAAAUAUACUGUGUGCCGUCGAAUCUGUCUUUGCCGGCUCAUGUAGAGUGGUUCAAAGGCCAGUCUUACAAAGACCAACUCAAGAACAGCCAAAAAAUAACGAUAACGGAGAAGAGUGAUAAAUUAAAUGCCGCCAUUACCAUAAAGAAAGUGGAGAUUGAGGACAGAGGCACUUACUUUUGCAAGCUGAACGGCAUGCUUGGACCGGGAACUGAGCUACAAGUGAGCAGAUACAGUGAACCCCAGGCUAUCUUUAUGAGAUCGAGAGUCAAGGAUGUUAUCAUUUUCCUUCAGGCUCUACUGUUGAUUUUGUGCAUUGUCGUUCCUCUGGUUCAGAUUUACAAACUGGAGAAUAAAGAAGAUGCAAUUUAUGAAGAACCUGAGGAUGCGCACAUAUAUGCGGGGUUGGAGAUUGAGCAGUGUGGCGGUGCGGAUCUGUAUGAGGACAUCACUGCUUUAGCCCGGGAAACAGAUGCAGCAUGGGAAGUCGAGUCCCCAGACCAAGAGUGAGAAAAACACAUCCAUCGGAUACUGAUCACCAGAAACAAAUGUCAGUGAUUACAUCCAAU